AGUGGAUUGUACUGUUGCGCAAAAAGCGAGGAACGUAAGGCAGCAACAACAACGGUACACAAAACAAACACUUUGUAUGGUCAGCUGUCAAAAAAAGCUGUGGGGUUCGACGGAACGAACACUGUGAACCGCGAACACAGCUGACCGAGCUUGUGUGCAUUGUGCGACGAAGGCACCCGAGCAUGUGUGUGUGUGUAAAUGAAGCAUCAUCACGUAGAAACGUAGAAGGCCGGGUUGUUGUUAAACAAAGCCGUUACCAAGAGUGAUGAUACAGCGCGUCAAGUGUAUGGCGCGCGGAAGCAACCAGCGCAAGUUGUGAAAUACACAAUUACACCCAUAAGCCGCAGUGAGCAAUAGCAGGCGCAGCAGCACCACCAGCAAACAAGAACGGGUUGCUUGGAUCUUUCAGUGUGGAACAAAGAUUUGCAUUGAAUACGCGCACGCUUUCAUUCUAUUCGUCAAAUGGAGCUAACGAUGGAGAUUCCCACCGCUGGACCGGAAACGUACUGCCGUCUUUGCCUGGGCAAGGACAGUUUGCUGGGAGUGUUUUCGUCGAAUCGCGAUGAUGAUGCCAAUAAUGCGACCGAGCUGGUGAAGAAAAUCUUCGAAUGCACCAACAUUAAGCUUUCCUCCACGGUGGACGCGGGAUGUGCCAUCUGUCACCGGUGUCUGCAGGCGGUGCAGGAUUUCUACCACUUUCGCGUGCGCAGCAACAAGGUGAAUGAUCUCAUCCAAGUGACGACGGUCGUUGCCAAUGGUGACGAUAGUGGUAGUGAUGCGGCGCGCUAUUCGCCAACACCCUCGAAACAAUCAGCACCGAGCAUCAAAUCAAUCACCUCUUCAAGUCCAGCGCCCGUUGUACGGAAGCAUCACCACUGCCGGUACUGCCCAAAAUCUUUCCGCACGAUUGCCGCAUUGAAGGAGCACGGUAAUAGGGCACACCUGGCCGGGAAGCAACAUCACUGUCCCAACUGUUUGGCACAGUUCCAGCAUGCACCGUCCCUGGCAAGGCACGUCCGGAGCCGUAGCUGUUUCGCUUUUAGCAAAUAUCGAUGCCGGGUGUGCAGUGAAAGCUUUCACGAGCGUGAACAAUGGGCUGACCACAUUCAGAUUCACGCAAAGGAUUUUCCCUACCAGUGUCCGGACUGUUGGUCACAGUUUAAACAUAAGGCUACGCUGCGACGCCACGCCAAUACCGUCCAUUUGUUGGUAAAGGUUUAGGCAGGGGAGGCGACCCUGGGCGAUUAUAAACCCUUAAUGCGGCAAGCAAAAAAAAAAACCAAACACGCACGUCAACUGAUAAGCGCAAGUAGGUCGGGUUAAAGAGCACGUAGUGCGGCGUUGCAGAAGAAUCGAGUGCGCAAGGUAAUUUGAACGGCACUGGGGAACGCAUUCGUUCCAAACGUUUCAACUGUUCAGAAAACAGUUGAAAAACGAUAAGGGUAGUUUGACGAGCUUUAAGGGGGUCCCUUGGAAUUAUAGUCCAAGCAUCACUAAAUGCUAAAUGUGUUCAAUGUAGAAACUAUGUUUAGUUUUUACGCUUUAUCGCCAUACAGGUUGGAUACGGCGUCGUAUAGUUAGUUAAUUGAAACGAAUUUCUUUUUUCGCAGGCGAAGUAAAAUUUCUUGCAGAACCUUUUUAUCACCGCUGUGGCAUAUCG